UCUUGCUCGCAAAUACCGUAUUUGGAAGAUGGAAUCUCUAUGGCUUCUUUGUCGGGAGCUGAAGAGAGAACCAUAAACGCAGUCUGUGAACAGAUGAAGGUUAGCUUCAUGUCUGUUGAUCAGUUAUCAAACAUCAGAGAGAGAGACAAAAGACAGUCAUUCCAGGGAGAUGUUCAGGGUGGAGCUGAUGCUGCUGCAAGUGGAAUAUAUGAAACAGUUCGAUCUGAAGUAAGACGUGCCAUCUCAGAUAUGCAAAAUGACAUUGAAAAUGCUAUGCGAAGAAACAAUGCUACUGCUAAUUUAUCUUCAAGUGUUGCUGAUGUUCCUCCAGAUUUGGUAAAUCCUGGGGCUGUUGAACUAUUAUUGGACAUCAGAAGGGAAUAUGCCAGAAAGCUUGAGGAGUCCCAGGAACGGGCUACAAAACUUCGAGCAGACUUGGCUGUUGAGGAACACCGUGGCCAAGAAUUGAAUAGGAUACUUAAGGAGUUACUUCCAGAUCCGAAGAUAAGUAAUCGGCAGAAAUCUCGUGUUGGAAGAAAAAAUAGCAGUGAAAGAAAAAAGAUGUCAAAACGCCUGACAGAAGAAGCUAUGGCUUAUUUUGACGAGUGUGUGUCCAUAUCAACAUUUGAUAGCUCUGAUUUCUCAGCACCUGAAGAUCUGCCUCUCAAUUUAAUUGGAGCAACUACAACAGUGGUGGGGGUGGGUGGGGCUGCAUCUUUAGCCCAAGGAAGCCCUAGUAUUUGGAGCUCCUGCUCCCUAAACAGUCACCCAAACCAUAAGCAGGAAUCAGCUUCUUGCGAUCUGUUCGUGCAUAGCCGCCUGGAUUCUGGUUUAACAGCUACCAGCAGUAGUAACGAACCUUCGAAAACCAAGCCAGUGUAGGAGGAAACGCUGCAGAAUGGGGUCGGAGAUUGCAAUUCUCCUACAGCCACAAAUCGGCCAAAAAUUUGGGUUGCAAGAGGACAUUAGGAAUUACGUUAAAGCUAUUGGGAAAGAUGACAGCAACUCAGACAAGUCAACAUCAAUCUACUUCGAUUAGAGGAGUAUUUACAUGGCCAAGCAGAAUGCUUCUUGUUUGACAGAGUAUUGUUCAGUAACCGCAGAGACUCUGGGAGUCUGCAUCUCUGUGGUGGAGGCUUGCCUCUUUCAUUUUUCCCCUUCAGUUCUGUUAUUUAAAUCCUUUUGCUUCCCUGAUUUGAGCCCGAGCUCUUACAGUUAGGAAAUUGCGCAGUUAUAUAUGUGCUUGAGGGUCUUUUGUUUUCCUUUAUUCUUUUGUUUUUUGGAUUUGUGUAAUAAGCAUCUUAAUCUUAACUUCCCCGGUUUUCAUCUUCAACUUGGGUCAUGUCUGAGAAAUUUGUGGCCAUGGAUGUGGAAAUAGUAACUGGUUUGGUUCAUUUA